GAUGCGGAAACUUCCGAACACUCAGGACAUCCGCGUUCCCCAAGUCUAAGAUGCCAGAAUCUAUGUUCACCACUCUAUUCACCGCAUGUCCAAUGACGCUAACUCAUUGCACCAAUAUGUUCUUGGUUAUGAUAUCACCACUUUCGCACCCGUGCAUCUCACAUACAAUACUGCAACCCGACACUCCUCUCGAAGGACAAUCGAGGACACCCUGGAACACAUGGAUGCGGAUUACGAAUCCAUUUAUGAACUAAGUCAGAAGCUCAGCACAAUCGAACAUACUUUACGACGACGACGCGCCAUACUUCACAAUUUCCUUCAACCCGUGGCUGCCCUUCCUAUGGAAGUUUUGCAACGAAUCUUCCUGUAUGCCGUUCGACCGAGAGAACAUUUCGACGACUUGGAGUAUUUCCUUUCUCCUAUCACUCUUAGUGAAGUCUGCUCGACAUGGAGACACACGGCCCAAUCGUAUCCUCCAAUAUGGACUGUUGUUCAAUUGGAACCGUGCGAGCAGCGCUCCUAUGCACCUUAUGCCCGCUAUUCUGGAAGUCUCUCUUUAGAGCUUCAUCAGCAGAAACACAAUUAUGGCCUCCCAAGGAUAGCCGGACUGGAAGGCGCUGAUGUACGGGACCGGAUAACUACACUAUCUUUGCCACUGGAUUCGUCAGAUGAUUGGUGGACCAAGUUCGGUCGUUAUUUCUGGAAAUAUAAGGGAGUCCCAAACCAUAAGUCCAUUGAGCGCCUGGCUCUGCUCGCAAAUAAUGAUGUGGAAGAUUCUGCUUACAGCUACCCCCUGACAUUCCUUCCAUCGCUCCGUCAUCUAUUCCUUGAAACCAUGUUCGUCCCGUUGUCCACCACCCAGCUGGCAAAUCUCGUUACUCUUGUUGUCCGCUGUGUUAAAAUUGAUAGCUCAACGUUUACCGGGUUCAUCGGUGCCUGCGACAGUAUCCAGGAAUUGACCCUAGACCUGGUGAACAUCAAGUGCGACGAGGAUGACGACAUUGUCUCAAUCCCAUCUCUCCAUACUCUUUCCGUUGUCCGUCCGAUUGCAGGUUUUUUUGCCGGCUACAGGACGCCUCAACUCCAAUAUUUUACCCUGCGGGAUAAUUUGGAAUUUCCUCAACCUGCGUACCUGCACACAGUGGAAGAUUUUAUAGCAGACACGCCGACGAUCAAGAACAUGACAAUCUUCGUUAUUUAACGGACCUCACCAUUUCUGGGCAUCGCAGAUGGCCUCUUGAUGACGUUAAACUUUUGAUCAAAGCUCGCUUGGAAGGUCAUCAAGCAGAGCUGAGACCGCUCCAGAGAUUAUCGGUACCACGCUUUAUGUUCGAGGAUGAUGUGGAUUGGGUUCGAAGUCGGGUGCAAGUGUUAGAACUGAUUGAUCGAUAUCGUUGAUUGAACGUGACUCCUAUUCAAGACAGUCUAAUCAUACGGCUCGCACAGUCCCACUUUCUGCAGUGUUGGGGCCGCGG